AUGGAUCGAGGCUCCGACGCGUCCAGCAAUCAGCGCUCCUUCAAACGGGGCUAUGUCGCCUGCGUCUCGUGUCGAGCACGCAAGUCCCGGUGCAUUGUCAAGGAGAAGCCGCCCUGCUCGAAAUGCGCCAGAGAACAUCGUGAAUGCCGGUUUGAUCACCGGCCGAGGGCCCCCAAGCACCGUGAACCGCCGAAAUGGACCCAGGCUGAGCAGCCGUCAGACAGCGCUUCUAAGCAAGCCUCUCCUCACAGCCCAGACAUUGCGCUGGACAACUAUCAAGCACUGCCGCAGCAUGUCCGGCCCUAUGGGCAUUCACCCGAUAAUGCCAACCAGACCUUGUAUGACCGCGUGCGAUCGACAAUUGUCACUAGCACCAACGACGCACUGGAUAUCCUGUCUGAUGCUGCGGGUCAACAGCAUAGUGUUGCUGGGUCUACCCCAUCUCAGCCCCAGCCGACGAAUGCUUCUCGGAAUGCUGGUCCAACCGUGAUGCCCGGCGAGUAUAGCGGUCUUGGGUUCACCAUCACUGCAUUGUCCGAGGCUGACGAUGGCACUCUGGACAUGUGGGACAAGUGUCGCUUUGUCCGCCAGGGAUGGUUUACAGCCCAAGAGGCCAUCACCUACAUUGACUUAUUCUUUGAGAAACUAGCGCCUAUGACUCCUAUCAUCCUCGACCAGUUUCGCCCUCACGCUGCCCACGCGCGCCUAGUCUAUGAAGAAGCCAUGCUCUGCUGCACAUUGUUGAUGAUUGCAUCUCGCUUUUUCACGUUUCCUGGAGCAGGUGGCACUUCCAGGAGUCACUAUGUCCAUCAACGACUUUGGAACCACUGUGAGGUCUUGAUCAGACGAAUCCUCCUAGGACAGGAAAAGACGUCGACGUCACGAACCAGGACGAUAGGCACCGUUGAAAGCCUGUUGCUGAUAUCUGACUGGCAUCCCCGGGCCCUGCAUCUGCCACCGGAAACCGACGGAUGGGACGGCCUGCUCAUCUCCCCCGAGUACGACCGCAUCAAUCGCAAGCACACAAACAACGAAGCCCCCCUCAUCAGAUGGCGAGAAGAUGUUUUCGAACCUGCCAAGCGUGCUAACAGAAUGUCCUGGAUGUUGUUAGGCAUGGCAAAUAACCUGGCGUAUGAGCUGGGCAUACAUGUACUCUCAAAUCAGCAGCUCGACCUCUCACGACCGCUAGAUCCGGAUACCCUGCGCAGAAUACGGGCGCAGAAGCUACUCUAUGUCUAUAUGACGCAGACGGCUACGAGACUAGGCUAUCCGCCUGCCUUUCCGGAAACUAUCUCGGUUACGGCUUCCCACUUGCCCAUGCAGAACACGAGUGAACCUUCUCAUCACUCUUGGGCGGCUUACAUGGAUCUGACGCUGGAACUCACCCAGUUAUCACGCACAGCUUCGUCCAUGUUCUUCCAGUCUGCCUCGCAUCUCCAGAAUCAGGUGCUUGGCGGCCAUUACGCCGACCUUUUGGAGCACUUUGCCAGCUCAUUGGCCAAGUGGCAGCAGAAAUUCGACUCUGUAAGCAAGGACAUCAGGAAACCCCUCAGAGACACCCUCCUCAUCGAAUUCCACCACCUCAAAGCCUGCACCAGCGCCAUAUCAAUCCAAGCCGUCGUUGUGAGAGCGUCCUCUGCGGGAUUCACAACAGGAAACACCGAUGCAGACGAAGUCCUCUCCGGAUUCAUAACGCCCAAAGACGCUAAAUUCCUCCAAGAAGUAAUCGCAGCCACCAAAAGAGUCCUCCACAUUGCCACCAUUAGCGACUUCAAAGCCCAGUUUCCCUACGCCCCCGCCCGCGUGAAAAUCAGCGUCAUUUCCUCGUCAGUUUUCCUUCUGAAGGCGCUCAGCGUUGGUCCUACGCAUACAGACGUCAAUGAUGCGCUGCAUGUAUUGGACCAGUGCACUUCUACACUGAGCUCUUCUCCUCCUGAUGACAUGGACUUUGCACUGAGGUAUGGCGCGUUGAUUGAGAACCACACAGCGCAGUUUCGUGCGCAUCUGACUAGAGCGCCGGCUUCGGUCGAGCAAUCUCGAGGGUCUGGCAUGGGGUCUCAGUCUGAGGGGUCAUCAUCGGAUCCCUUUACGGCUAAUUUGAAUGGACAGCAGCAGCAGGCGGAGAGUGACCUGGGGUUUUUCGGGUUUGAUGGGAAUGGGGGGGAUAUGUGGGUUUCAACACCGUUUGAUUCGAGUAUUGCGCCGUUUGGGGGAGGCUCGAACCAGGUUUCGUUGGGGUUGGAUGUUGAUUCACUUAAUUUUCUGUGGAGUUUGCCUGGGCUGGGGACGGAGGAGUCUGGCUUUGAGUAG